CAGUCUUUUUCUUCUCUUUGGUGUUUCUCUCUGCUUCUUACUCUCCUGAACUGGGAAGAACAAAACUAUGCCCUAGAAAAAAAAAUUCACAUCUUCUGAAAAAUCUUGACCAAAUCAUUUAUAAAGGGAUCAAGAUAUAAUGGGACGGCAUGAAAAAAGGCUAUCCUUUCCACAAGAUAUCUCCAAGUUGCCCGAAAGGCCGACGAAAAGGUCAUCAGCAUCAAUUCGAAGGGGUGAUCGACUGUGUAACAAAGAUAUUGUGGAUGAGGUUGACAAAGAUACUUUGGUAGAGAGUGAUAAUGCUAGUGGGAGUAGUGACGAGGAUAGUAAGAACGAUGAAGAAGAUGAAGCAAAGAGUGAUGAUGAAGAGAAUUCCUACGAAGAUGAUAACAAGGUUGGUGAUGAGUAUGAUGAAGAGAGUAAUCACGAGGACGAUGAAGAGAAUUUUGGAGAAGUUGAUGUUGGAAGAGCUUCUUCUAGUGGAAAAGGAAAAAAGGUGGUUGAAGAAAGUGAAAUCCCAAGGAAACCUAUUAAUCCACGUCUUCUAUCAUAUUAUAGAGACCAUAUUGCGCGAUUAGUAUGGGAAAAUGAGAAUCCAAGAGAAAACCCAAUUCCAUUGCUUAAACUCCAUCAACACCAAGAUUUGGUAAAAUAAAAAUGGCCUAUUGAUAAAGAGUGUGUUGAAGUUCAGGAGUAUGUAAAAAAAAAGCUGUCUGUAUUCGUUAAUCAAGUAUGGCCAUGAUAAGAUUGAUCGUGCUCUUAUCAAUGCUUUUCGUGAGCGUUGGUAUCCGGAGACCAACACAUAUCACCUACCUUUCGGUGAGAUGACUAUUACAAUUGAAGAUGUUGAGCGCACCACAGACUUGAUGCUAAAGGAAAAGUAGUUGAAGGAGUGUUUGGGGCGAAGACUAUGACUUGGGAUUACACGUAUGAUUUGAUAAAAAGAACUCUUGGAAAUACUAAGAAAGAACUUGAGACUGAAAAGGCAUUCGGUGGAACUGAAAAAAAUUAGAAAGAAAGUUGAAGCUUAACUGGUUAAGGAAAAAGUUUAUAAGUAAAAAGAAUGAUUCAAAGAAGAGGAAAGAGCAAUGUGCUAGAGCAUAUCUACUUUAUGUAAUUGGCUCUAUUGUAUGCGGCGAUAAAUCAGGUUCAAGGGUCAAUGCAUAUUUCCUACAAUGUUUAGAAAAUUUAGAUGAAGUGAAUAGCUACUCAUGGGCUACAACUUGUUUGGCUUGGAUCUACCAUCAUUUGGGCCAAGGUUCUCGAACUGAGGUAUAUUCUAUGGCUGGUUGAAUGACUAUCCUUCAGGUAUGGAUUUAUGAGCACUUUCCGACUCUCGAGAGGCAUACAUUAAAAGGUGGAUAUGAGGAAUGUAAUCCCCGGGCUUCAUUGUACGUACCAAUACAACCAGAAAGAAAUCUUGAACUUGAUUUGGUUGACUUGCGUGAAAAACUUGAUGACCUUACUGAAGAAAAAGUGACAUGGGAUCCCUAUAAGUAAAUCCGAGAUGAUUCUAUUCAUCAAGUUGCUCACUACACUGGACCAUUAAAAUGUUUUGAUGUGGUCGAGUGGGACAAUCCGAACAGAGUGCUAAGACAGUUUGGGUGUUUUCAGGAUAAAGAAAAAACGGUUUCGAAGCCAAUCGGUUUCAAGUCUUAUUAUCCUCACUUGGAUGGAUAUAGUUGGAGUGCAUGGGAUUCAUGUUUGAUACCCAAGCGUAGUUUACAGUGCAGAGUCUUAAAUCCAUGGGAUUGCGAGGAUGGUUACAAGAAAUGGUUUUCUGAAGUUUCUCACACCCGGGUAGCUAAUCUUAAAACAAGGAUUCUUGCUAAACCUUUUAUCGAUGAACAAGAAGGAAAAGUUGCAACUAUA